GCGCGAUUGACGUUAGGUUAGGCGCAGUGGAAGCUUGCACCUGUUCGAAAUUUAUUGUAAACUGCAGUGUUUGUGUUAUGGUACAGCAAAUAUAAUUUAAUUUAUCAUUGAAAUAGCAAAAUAAAAUGUGAUUUUUUUGGAGUAUCAAACGCAAGUACACAAAAAAUACUACAAUGAGGAUCUCCCGGCUACCUCGUUGCCGUAUCUUCUCCACCCGGUUCCUGGCCAUCUUCCUCAUACUCCUUGGGUUUGGAGCUUACUGCUAUUACUACAGCACCCCAGCAUACCCUAAACCAAGACACCUGAGCCUCGGCGAUGAUUUGGACCUGAAAGGCCCACCACCAUACUUCCGUGAACCGAUCCGUCAAGAACAGGCAAACAAACAACAUUGCCCUACCCUGAAGGAGAGUUCGGCCGACAUCGAUACGGUAUCGAUUUAUCCAUCAUUCGACUUCCAGCCGAGCUGGCUGAGGACGAUGGAGUUUUGGGAACAAUCUUUUGAGGAGCGCUAUGAGAAAAUGAGGAAUGACACUCGCCGCCCAAGAUUGAAGGUAUUCAUAGUGCCUCAUUCCCACAACGACCCUGGCUGGCUGAAGACCUUCGAGCAGUACUUCGAGUGGAAGACGAAGAACAUCAUAAACAACAUCGUUCAGAAACUUAACGAAUACCCAAACAUGACCUUCAUUUGGACGGAGAUGUCGUUCCUGAACGCCUGGUGGGAGAGAUCGCAUCCUGUCAAGCAGAAGGCACUGAAGAAACUUAUCAAAGAGGGUCGCCUGGAGAUCACUACUGGAGGCUGGGUGAUGCCCGAUGAAGCCUGCACGCACAUCUAUUCCCUCAUCGAUCAGUUCAUUGAAGGUCACAAUUGGGUUAAAACCAAUCUUGGUAUUGUCCCCAAAACCGGGUGGUCCAUCGAUCCUUUCGGCCACGGUCCCACCGUGCCACAUUUGCUCGAUAAAAGCGGCCUCGAAGGCACCAUCAUUCAGCGGAUUCACUACGCGUGGAAACAAUGGCUGGCCCAGCGCCAAAUCGAGGAAUUUUAUUGGAUCCCUGGCUGGUCCACAUCCCAUCCCAACCUCGUCGUCCAUAACCAACCUUUCGACAUUUACUCCAUAAAAAGCACGUGCGGCCCCCACCCCUCAGUCUGCCUCAGCUUCGAUUUCAGGCAGAUCCCCGGUGAGUACUCCGAAUAUACGGCCAGGCACGAAGACAUUAACGAGAACAACCUCCAUACUAAGUCUAAGACCCUCAUAGAAGAGUAUGGCCGUAUCGGUUCUCUCACCCCACAUAACGUCGCCCUGGUCCCUCUCGGAGACGACUUCCGCUACGAGUUCCCGGCAGAAUUCGACGCCCAGUACACUAACUACAUGAAAAUGUUUAACUACAUCAACAGCCACAAAGAUCUGUUUAACGCUGAAGUCCAAUUCGGCACCCCACGCGACUACUUUAACGCGAUCAAAGAAAGACAUAAUAAAAUACCUACCUUGAAGGGAGAUUUCUUCGUCUAUUCGGACAUAUUCAGCGAAGGCAAGCCGGCUUACUGGUCAGGUUAUUACACCACUAGACCUUAUCUAAAAAUACUGACCAGGCAAUUGGAACAUCAAUUGAGAACCUCCGAGAUAUUGUUUACUCUGGUAUCUAAUUACAUAAAGCAAUCGGCGGAUUCUCGACUGAGUGCUUCUGAAAAGAAGUUGGAAAAAUCCUACGAGCAACUCAUUAGUGCUCGAAGGAACCUUGGACUGUUUCAGCACCACGACGCCAUUACGGGAACUUCGAAAGCGAACGUCAUGUAUGACUACGGAACCAAGCUUUUCACCAGUCUCUAUCAUUGCGUCAGGCUGCAAGAAGCUGCUCUCGCUACGAUAAUGUUACCAGAUGAGUCGGUCCAUUCUAAAAACGUUAUCCAAAGUGAAGUCGAAUGGGAGACCUAUGGGAAAGCCGUCAAAAAGUUGCAAGUGUCUUUGGUCGAUAGGAAGAAAAUUAUCAUUUUUAAUCCGCUAGCUGAGCAGAGGACUGAAGUGAUCACCGUUACAUCUAAUACCAGCAACAUCAGGGUGUACGAUACACGUAUGAAAGAACACGUCCUUUACCAGAUUACCCCAAUUAUCGAUAUCCGUACGGACGGAAAAUUGGUUAUAAGCGAGACCACUUUUGAUAUCCUGUUCGUGGCGACACUGCCAGCGCUCAGCUCGGUGACCUUCAACCUGGAAGAGCAUACGAAUCGGUCCCAUCACUGCGAGGUGUUCUGUACAAACUGCCAGCCGACUAAGAAGUCUGAUGAGAAGCCUCUCUUUGUGACCAAGAAGAUGAUGCCGGGAGAUAUACAGUUGGAAAACUCUGUGCUCACUUUACUGAUCAAUAGAAACACGGGAUUUCUACGUCAGGUGUACAGGAAAGAUGCCAAGAAGAGAAAUGUCGUUGAAAUGCAAUUCGGCGCUUACCAAAGUGCCCAAAGACAUUCUGGAGCGUAUCUGUUCAUGCCGGAUUACGACGCGCCCGAGAGGAAUGUGCUCCAUCCCUACGCCAACUGGAGCAGUGAGCACGAUGAUAAUAUCAUCAUAGUGUCUGGCCCCGUUUCCACUGAAGUCAACACCCUGUACAUGCCAUUUUUAGUGCACACUGUUAGGAUUUACAACGUAGAAGACCCGAUCCUUUCCCGCGGCGUGUAUGUUGAAAACGUUGUAGAUUUCGAAGCCCCACCAAAGAACCGGGAGACGGAAUUGUAUAUGAGAAUCCAGACUGACAUACAAAAUGGUUUACCGCCAGAGUUUUAUACCGAUCAGAACGGAUUUCAGUAUCAGAAGAGGGUGAAAGUAGAAAAAUUGGGCAUCGAAGCUAACUAUUAUCCCAUAACGACGAUGGCUUGGUUGCAAGAUGACGAGACUCGCAUGACGUUGAUAACUAACCACGCUCAGGGCGCCUCUGCCUUCGAACCUGGUCGGCUCGAGGUUAUGUUAGACCGCAGAACUCUUUACGAUGACUUUAGAGGUAUCGGCGAAGGUGUAGUUGAUAACAAACCCACAAUUUUCCGCAAUUGGAUCUUAUUGGAAUCAAUGGAAGAUCCGAAGGAAAAGAGCAAAAGGGACACUAGUGAGAAAGGAGAAUUCAAACACGUCAAAUCCUCGAGGCGUUUCAACCCGAACCAAAUGGACUCUUUGUACGAACUGCCGUCACAAAUGGCGGACUAUAUGAGCAGGACGAUGAACUACCCACCGAACGUUUAUUUAGUGGAUACGAGUGAGGUUGGCGACGUAGAGGUGAAGUCUUCCCAGACUUUUGUUCAGAACUUCCCAGCCGGAAUCCAUUUGUUGACGCUUAGGACAAUCACGGAUGAGACUUUGGAACAGUUCCCUAGUUCGUGGUGCUACAUGGUGCUGCAUCGCUCCGGUUUCAGCUGCCCAGUCGGGAAACCCCUCAACCGGUCCACCGCCUUCUCUCCCAAGACUCAGUUCAAUGGCCUUCGCAUCCAUAACCUGACAGCAGUGAGUCUCACCGGCUUAAAAACUUACGACCAUCUAGAAGGUCUACAUAGCAUUUAUAUAGAACAGAUGGAGGUAAAAACGUUCAAGAUCCGGUUUUGAAGACUGUUUAGGAAUUAUUAUUAUAAACUUUUAUAAGCAUACUUGCCUAAAUAUUUUUGGCGAGAUUUGAAUGUGGGUGAAUAUUUGAAAUGGUGCAUUUUUCAUGGAAACGAGAAGUCUGCGUGUGGCGGCGGCCGCGGUUUGGUGCAAUUCGCGAAUCUCAAGCCAGUUAAUAUUUUAAAAUCCCAAAAUAUAAUUAUUAUUUUUAACGAAAAAAUACUUAUAUUAAACUAUCUCAAACGCAGAAACCUAGUAUCUAGGUAAAACUACCUCAGGACCAAAUGAUAUACCUGUUCGAAUCUAUACGAUUCUAUAUGAAAAUAGUCUAUGUUAAAGUGAUAGUUCAAUAUUCUAUUUAUAUUCAGGUUUUUUGCUCUCUCUGAACAGAAACCGGCGAUUGCUCACGCAAUUAAACGGUUAUAUAAUUACUUUUAUUUGUUAACUAUAAUUUGUCUGACGAUCUCUUUCGUUUUUUUUUUCGAAAUCUAAGGUUUGAUGGUAAGUGUGUGGUGGAAAAUUACAAGUUAUUUAUAUUUUUGCAUCUUACUCAAAAUUUAAUUUAAAUUCCCUUUUCUUUAACUAUAUACCAACCCAGUUCAAUUUAGAUUAUUUGUCACCCACUAAGCCAUCAAUCUUAGUUUAUAAUAAGUUAAUUAUAAUUUAUAUUAAGUAACCUGUGAUAAAGCUAGUGGCAACAUCUGUACAACGCCGCACGAAUUAUCACCAAAAGGCAUAUGAACUAACUCGCUCAAAGUCUGACUGAUGGCGCUACUGAGAACGGGUCAUAUAUGCAUCUAUUACACAGUGGUUCAUACAGUAACUUCGUAUUUUAGGUAUUAACGGAUUUAUACAGAUGUCGCUAUAUAGCCAUUUUAAAAUAAGAGAAGUACAGCAUUUUCCCAUCGUCUUUUUAAAUUUAUUUUAGGCUGCGUUCGUGCAUUAAAGUAAUUUUGAUAGAACCAUUGAAAUGAUUUAUAUACAACAAUAUAGCCAACAUUGUAUCCGCGAUUUACGCUUUUAUUCGGGUACAGGUGUAAUUUUUUAAUUAAAAUCUAUUUAAAUCAAUACAUUGAAAUCGUCACGGCGAGGCAUUUGAUAUUUAUUUAAAUUGAAUAAAAAAAUAUUUACGUUUAAGUGGAUCUUAUAGUAUACUUUGAGAGCAUGACCAUGACCCAAAAAUAUCCUUAAAAUUAUAAAAUUACAAAUUCAUAUUAAAUAAAAUAGUAUUUAUGAAUACAGAAGAAGCGAUUGGUUUAAGAGAUUUUAAAAUUGGAAAGCCUUUGCCCAAUCACAUAACAGAUAAUUCGGUUCGUUGCGGCUUCAUUGGCGUGUUUUGACACUAGAAAUAAAAAGCGUGAUUAUAUCGCAUUGAGAUUAAAAUAUUGUCUAGAUUUUGUCGUCAUAAUCUUGCUAUUUCAUAUUUAAAGUAUAAUAACGAUAUUUACCCGUUAAUAGUCACUAGAUUAAACGAAAUAAAUGUUGUAGGGAAAUUAAAUCAAAAUAUUGCUACACUAAAAAUUAUGGCAAAACAAUAAUAUAUUUGAUUUGGUAAAAUUCUAAUACUCAGGUCUAUUUAACAAUUUGAAAUGUAUUUUGUUUCAAUUAAUUUAGUGGAUAUCUAGAAGAUGUGUAAAAACAGGUCCCACGGGGCAUUACUCUGAAGAACAGCGUUUUUGUCCCCAGUUACUUAUAUAGAUCAUGUCUACUGCCAUAGGGAUAGGCAGCUACUAUGGCAAAUCUACCCUGUUCUCCAGAGAUAAGAGACCUGUUGUAAAUUCUGUUGUAAAAGUAUGAUUAUUUCUAAUUCGGUUGUGUAUUUCAAAAGGCAAUAUUUAUUACGAUUGCAAUCAAAUAAAUUUAGAUUAAGUUGAAAAUUAGGCAUAAUGAACAAUUUUAAGGUUCGUCACGAUGCAGCCCCAAAUUAAAGCAUUUACAUAAUAAAUUUAGAACUACAAAGAAAAUUCAUUCACACAGUAGGAACUGAAGAGCAUUGUAUGCGAGGCAUAAUAAGUGAAUAAAUAAUAAUUAUAAUAGCUAGAAUAUUUCGAUCACUCAAUUUUUAUAACUCGUUUGAAUUGGAGACUGAUAAAUCAUCAUGCGUUGCGCUUGCGAUGGUCAUUUGAUACAUUGAUAGUAAAAAAACGAGUUUUUACAAUAGACAUUUUAUAUAAAUAAUCACUGCCGGACUAAAUUUUUAUAAUAGAUGCACUAAGUGAUACUCUGCCAUUAGCACCCAAGUUGCGUUUUGUUAAAUCAUAUUAUUUGUAUAUAACCAUAGAGUAAGUACUCGUAGCAACUUUUUGAAUAACAUAUACACAUUUUAACCGAUUACCGAUAGUAAUAGUACAAUUGUAGUUUCAUGUUUCAAAUAUUUGAUGUUUAAAAUAUGUCGACUAAAUACGUCUCUACAAUAUACACACUUUUCAUGUUAUUCUUAGAGGGUGCAACCCGUCAGAUAUAUAACACAAUUCAUGUAUUAGAUUUAGGUGAGAUAUACAAAAAGGCAUAGUAAAUCGAUGUACCAAAUAUCUACGUGCAUAUCUUGUCGUUGUUAUGAUUUGUGAUAAUGUUUAAUUUAUUUAAUUUUUGGUAUCUUUUUAUUAAUAAUAAUCACUAAUUAUUAACAAUGAUGCAAUUUUUCUUAUCAACCGAGUUUUAAUUGAGUUGUAUUUUUAUGUUUUACGAUAUUUGUUGUUCUUUUUACAUAAACAGUCAUCGAUAGGUAAUAAAUAUAAUUGUUUUCAAGAUCUGUAGUUGAAAUAAAUAGAUAGAAAUAUA